CACUCAGGAGACGGUUAGCUUGGGGUUUUUAAAAAAUAUUUUUGUUAUCCACAUUUGCUUUUUUUUAAAGUAAACUCUACUGUAUUUUCCAUCGGGGGUUGUUGCAUCUGACAUGUCACUUUUCACUGUGAUGAGUAACUUGACUCAAAAUGAUACUCCGUCCUUACGAUUGUUUCGGAAAAGCGAGAGCUCUGAUGAUGAAGAGAAGAGGUUAAAAAGAAGAGAAAAGAACCGCGUGGCUGCACAGAGAAGCCGGAGGAGACAAACACAGAGAGCCGAUGAGCUGCAUGAGGCUUAUGAGUGUCUGGAACAGGAGAACAGUUUGCUGAAGAAGGAAGUUCAGUUGUUGAUAGAGGAACAGCAACGCUUGACAGAAGCCCUCAAAGCCCACGAGCCUUUGUGCCCUGUCCUGAACUGUGGUAUGACCCCAACAACAAGGUGCACAGUGCCACCUGAGUUUGUCUAGAUAGGGCCUCUCGUAUCUAAUCCGUUCACAGUCUCAGUUUGCAGUAUUUCUAUAAAGAUAUAAGUUUGAAAUCUCUCUUGAAUUACGAUGUACAGUGUGGUUAACCAGUUAACUUGUAAACAUAAGCUUUUUUCUAUUUUAAGUGUACAUUUCUCAGUUCACCCGCUUUUGCUUUAUUGCACUCAUGCAUACUGCUAGAGCUGUCAAGAUUUACCAAAAAGCAUCUCGGUAACUGUAACACAUGCAUGGAAAUCUUACCUUUUAUACAAUAUGGCUACAAAUGUGACACAAUCUUAAACAAUAUAUUUAAAUAAUCUACUUUUUUAAGAUUCUAUGUGGACUCAAACCCACUGUAUAUUCAAAAUACAGAACUUAAUAGUAAUCUGUUACUUUUCCCAAGGUCAGUGCAUAAACACUUUAGUAUUUACUCUGAUAAAUAACCUCUAACAAACCAAUCAUACCAGUGUGAAUGAAUGAAAUGAGCUUCUGCAUUGUAAGUGUUAUCUGGCCAGAAUGACAGUUUCAGACUCUGACAGCGGUUUUGUUAUGCCUGCACAUUAUUAAAACUAACAGUAACAGAUUAGCACAAUUGAUGACACCUUACAAAGAGGUAAAAUGCAUUAACUUAAUGUAUCAGUGGUUAGAGCAUGGUACUAGCAAUGCCAAGGUCAUGGGUUCGAUCCCAGGGGAUUUCAUACAGUCAGAAACAAAUGUAUAAUACAAUGCAAUGUAAGUCGCUCUGGACAAAAGCGUCUGCCAAAUGCAUACAUGAAAAUGCAAUAUUGUAAAAUAUUACUGUAAAUGUUAUUGAUGUCAUAAUGUGUUAUUGUAUAACUCUAACGUCAUAAUUAUAAUAUGUAAUUUUAACGUCAGUUUUACAUAAUGCUUACUGCCUUUGUAGGCUUUUUAAUACAUUUUUAUAAAUCUGUAUAAAAUUAGUUUGUACAUGCAUUUUGUGACGCAGAUUCUGUGUAACAAAUCAAAUCAAAUCAAAUUCUUUGAAUUUGUUUUUACUCAUUAUGUGUGGAACUAUAUUUGGGGGUGGUUGCGGUAAGAUGAUGGUCAGUUUUUUUUCUGAUUGUAUCAUUUCCUCAAAGCUCUCUGGAUUUACCUUCCUAACCAGUGUUGGGUGCAUACUUCUUCAUUUCUCUUCCAGUUUUUCUCUUCUCUUGUGAAAAGUCCUAGAGAUCUACACAAUAGGUACUGCUUUCAUUUCUAAACUUAAGAAAAAUAAUCUACUGGUGAAUUUCAGAGUGCUAACAAAGAAAACAUAAAAACUCACCAUGAAAAGUUUCAGUACUUUAUGUUUCUCAGUGUUUGUAUCAUUUUGCUAUUUUACUCAAAGAACACAUGGUUGUUAUUGCACAUACUAGGUGUGAAUAAAGAUCAUAUUUGGCAUUUUUUACAUUCAUUGUUAUGCCAGAGGAGGAUGGACACAAUCUGGUUCAUGACAAGGUUUUUGUUUUUCACUACUUAAUUUUUUUUUUUCGUUGCCACAGUUAACUUUGGCUCGGAGGCUUUGAGACGUAAUAUUAAGUAAAGUUGCUUUGUAACAAUUAGCGGUAUACAAAUAAAAGAUUUAGCACACCACUUUGCUGGUGUGAUGUAUUUGAUUUGUGUCAGCAAAAAGUAUUUUGGGGAAUUUUUUCAAUUUAUUAUACAGUAUUUACAGUCCCUAUACUGUUGCAAUUACAGCUUACAGUGUUU